GCCCGUUGCUCCCGGAAGCCGCACAGGCGCCUCCACUUGCACCUCCACCUCCACCAGUAGCAGAGCAUCCAUACAUUUCCUACUCCAACGUCAGUCGACCUCGCCCCAUCCAUUACCACUACGCCAUCCCCUCGUUCCGUUGCGCUCAUCCACACUGCAUUAUAUAUCCGGUUUCAUUUUCAUUUUCAUUACCUUGCCUUGCCUUGCGAAGCUGCGCAGCGCAGUUCCUUUUCUCUACUCCCUCUCUCUUCGUGUUGCGCGUUUCAACUCAACCUCCCAGCCACCCUCCCGAAGGAUCCGACGGAGACACAGACACAAACACAUACACAAUAAUAAUACUAUACACCACACGCAACUCAUCCGCUAGCAAUCAUGGGCGGCGGUGUUACCCCGCGCGUCUUCAUCGUCCGCCACGGCGAGACGGAGUGGUCACUCAGCGGCAAACACACGGGCCGCACCGACAUUCCCCUCACUGCCGACGGCGAGAAGCGCGUCCGCGCCACCGGCAAGGCCCUCGUCGGCGACGACCGCCUCAUUGUUCCCAAGAAGCUCGUACACAUCUACGUCUCCCCCCGAAAGCGCGCCCAGCGCACCUUUGAGCUCCUCAACCUCGGGGUCCAGGACCCCUACCCCUGGGCCGCCCACGGCAGCAAGGACCCCGACGCCCUCGCCUGCAGCGCCCACGUUGAGGUUACUGACGAUGUCCGCGAGUGGGACUAUGGCGACUACGAGGGCGUCACGAGCCCCGAGAUCCGUCGUCGCCGUGCCGAGCAGGGCCUCGACCCCAACUGGGACAUUUGGCGCGACGGCUGCCCCGGCGGAGAGAGCCCCGAGCAGGUCACGGAGCGCCUCGACCGCCUCAUCGCCGAAAUCCGCCGCAAGUGGAACGAGCCCGCCAUGGGCACUGGCAAGCACGGCGACGUCCUCGUCGUCGCCCACGGACACAUCCUUCGCGCCUUUGCUAUGCGUUGGGCCGGCAAGACGCUGCAGGACGGGCCAGCCUUUUUGCUCGAGGCCGGCGGCGUGGGCACACUGAGCUACGAGCACCAUAGCAUUCAUGAGCCGGCAAUAUUGCUCGGCGGUGCAUUUGUCGUGGACAUGGCCCCCGAGGGGAACCUAUAGCGGGAGCGCCCGUAUCUGGAAAGGAUAGGCAGUAUCGUUGGGGCGUGCAACAGGAGGAGCGGCCGAGCCGGCUGGUGGUAGGAAUACAGAUUUGGUCUAUAUAGACGGAGAGGUCCGAGCAAAGCGUGCUGGCCGUCAUUUACCGGCAUAGGCUGUGCUAGAUAAAUAGACUGCCUGCCCUCCUAACGAGGCACUUCGUCA